AUGUCCGGCUUCAACGACGGGUAUAAUUACCAUAGUAAUAGUAAUCCCAACGACGGCUAUGCCGCUCAACACAACUUUGCCCAGCAGCCCGCCUACGGCCACCCCCAUCAACAACCAGCCUACGGUGCCGGAUCCCACUCUAGCGACGAGGGACCGUACAAGGAGCCCGCCGCCCCUGCCUACGACGGUGGCGAUGGCGGCUACGGCCGCUUCGCCGACAAGGAGAAGGGCCUCGUCGCCGAGGAGCCCGUCUCGACCGACUGCGGCGACAGCGACUAUGCCGACAUUGACCCGAAUUCGGGCGUCAAGCGCGGCCUCAAGACGCGGCAUCUGUCCAUGAUGGCGCUAGCCGGUAUCAUUGGUCCUGGUCUGCUCGUCGGUGCCGGUGGCGCGCUCGCCAAGGGUGGCCCAGCCUCGCUCCUCAUCGGUUUCGGCGUCAUCGGUAUCAUCGCAUUCAGCAUCAUGCAGUCGCUCGGAGAGCUCACGACGCUCUACCCCACCGGAGGCGCCUUCACUGGUCUCGCGGACCGGUUCGUCGACAAGGCGUUCGGCGUCGCCCUCGGCUGGAACUACUACAUCAUCUGGUUCUGCGUGCUUGCCAACGAGUACAAUGUCAUCUGCUCCAUCUUUGUCGAGUGGGGACCGCAGGUCCCGCUCUGGGGAUACUUCCUCAUCUUCUGGUUCGCGUUCCUCGCUUUCCAGCUGCUCGGUGUCGAGGCGUUUGGAGAGGCAGAGUUCUGGCUCGCUCUCGCCAAGCUGCUGGGUCUCGUUGCCUACUUCAUCUUCUCGAUUGUCUACAUGUCCGGCGGCGUCAAGGGUGCCGACGCUAUCGGCUUCCGCUACUGGCACAACCCGGGACCGUGGGUGCACGGCUUCCGCGGUGUCGCGACCGUGUUCGUGUUCUGUUCAACCUUCUACGCGGGUGUCGAGUCCAUCGCCGUCGCGGCGACUGAGACGAAGAACCCCCGCCGCGCCGUGCCCAUGGCGAUCAGGCAGACGUUCUGGCGCAUCCUCUUCGUGUACAUGGGCUCUGCGUUCUUCUAUGGCGUCACCUGCCCCAGUAACGCCGAGGGUCUCAUCGGCGGCAGCGGCAACAAGGCGCUCCAGUCGCCCAUGACGAUCGCGAUCCAGCAGGCGGGCUGGUACGGCGGCUGGAAUCUCGUCAACGCCUUCAUCUUCGUCACGUGUCUCUCGGCGUGCAACAGCUCCAUCUACAUUGGCUCGCGCACGCUCCUCUACAUGGGCCAGAACAAGAAGGCGCCCAAGAUCCUCGGCUGGACCGACCGCCGUGGUGUGCCCAUCCCCGCGAUUCUGUUCACGAAUGCGUGCGGCGCUCUCUCGAUGAUGAACAUCUCGACCGGUGCCGGCAAGGCGUACCAGUACAUUGUCAACCUGUCUGGUGUCUCGACGUUCCUCGUCUGGGGCGGCAUCUCGUUCAUCCACAUCCGCUUCCGCGCCGGCUGGAAGGCGCAGGGCCACUCCCCCGACGAGCUGCCGUACAAGUCGAUGCUGUACCCGUGGAACGCCUACUUUGGCCUGGGAGCGUGCAUCUUCCUCGCCCUCGUGCAAGGUUGGACCUCGCUCUCGCCCUUCGUCGCCGGCGACUUCGUCGACGCCUACAUCCUGCUCCCCGUCUUCUUCCUCAUCAUGAUUCUCUACAAGCUCAUCGCCAAGACGCACUGGUGGCGCGCGUCCGAGAUGGACCUGAUGUCCGGUAGGAGAAAUGACCUCGACGACAAGGUCGCGACGGCCGAGGGCGCGAUGCCGCACGAGAGCCGCUGGAAGAACAAGCUCAGGUUCAAGAAGUAG